CGUCUCUCUGUUGACAGUUUGAAUAUGGGCCGCGGUUGGAAGUUCGCCGUUAUCUUGGUGCUUUCUGCCGGCUGGAUUACUUUACUUACGCCGAUGAUGACGACUUGGAACUUCCAGGACAAAAUUCCGACACCAAUGCCGAAGCGUGUCUUUGUGGCAAACGGCACGACUCUUGGACCUGCCACCCCUGGGAAAGUCACGCCUCCUUCUCUUGACCAAGUCACGUGCCCAAGCAAAACGAAGAUCGUCGUCUUAAACAGGGAUCGACUCUUUCGCCAAGGAGACGUCCUGGAGGUGAGGGUAACGGCACGAGACGCAGAAGGAAGACCGAAGGCCCACGGCGGAGACUUUUUCCGCGCUAGGCUGAUCGGCAACACUAUGCUGCAGGAAAGUAGCGCUGGUGACGUGACCGACCACGAUAACGGCUCCUACACCGUGCAGUUCCCGCUCUACUGGGUAGGGGGCGUCUCGAUACGGAUCCAACUCGUCCAUCCGAGCGAAGCAGUGGAGGUCCUGCAACGAGUGCGAGAAGUUCCUAACAAGAGAACCUUCCACUGCACCUUUGUCGGGGUGAAAACCGGCGUCACCGAAGAGCGUCAGUGCUUCAGCGCUCCCUACCCCAACCUGCCGCUCCACCAACAGUGCGAUUUGUCAAAAGCGGACGCGAACGGUACCUGGUUUUGCGAGAGGCCGGAGAAACUCCCGUGUAACAGCAUCUCAAAGUGCAGAUUUAUAUUCAAUAAUGCUAAGUUGAUGGGCCUUGUGUCACAAGAGGAAAAGAAAUUCUUUAAAAAGCCGUACCUGGAAGAAGAACUGGAAGCAAACCUCUCGGUGCCCAUCCACGUCCAUCCGCCUGCAGUGCGCAUGCCCAGUCCUGCAGAUCUAAAAGCGUGUCCUGGGAACGAGUCUUCCUCUCUGACCCAGGGUACCCAGGGACAUUGGUCACGUGGGGUUUGGAAGUCAUCCAUCUGCAACGUGAGAGUUUUUAAAACAACAGACGUCCAACGGUGCCUGGCUAAUAAAGUCGUUUACCUACAUGGCGAUUCCACCGUUCGCCAGUGGUAUGAGAGGCUACAGGCGAUACUGCCGCUACAGAAUAUAAAACAAAACACAGUUGUUCUUAAAAGUGCAAGCAACACCGAAUGGAACGUCGCUGCCCACUUCCGGUUUCACCACGUCCCUAUAGAAAAACAACUCCCGUAUCCCUUCUUCAACCUGAGUUACGCUGCUGAUCAACUGGACGCCAUCCAGGGAGGGCCGAACACGGUUGUAGUCCUCAGCCUGUGGGCUCACUUCACUGCAGAACCGCUGGACAUGACCCGUUCACGACUGCACGCCAUACGGCACGCCAUCCACCGCCUCCAGCGCAGGGCGCCCGGCACACACGUCUUCAUCAGGACCGGAACCACGAGGGAGCAUACAGGGAAUGCCUUGAUCCACUAUUUGCUCGGAAGCGACUGGCUUGCGUACCAGAUCACGGAGGAGAUACGGGAGAUUUUCCGAGAGGACCCAGACGUGGUUGUGUUGGACUUCUGGGAUAUGACCGUGUGCCAGUGGGGCAGAGACAACGUCCACCCAGAUCAAACUGUGGUGGACAAUGAGCUUAACAUGCUGUUGUCCCACGUCUGCCCCAAGUAGGAGGGGUGAGCAAAGUGAACAGGGUGGUUUAUGGGGUGGUUACAUUUAUAAUUGUCACUAGCCAGCUGGUAUGACGCCGUCAAUGGGUAUUAGUCACGAGAGGUUUCAAAGUCAUGCAUCCGCAACGUACGACUUUUUAAAACAACGGACAGAAUGAAAAUGACAUUCAAUGUUUUCCAUCUUGCUGGAAAGGCGGACGAAAUUCAAAUAUUCUUUGGACCAUUAUAAGCUGUGACAUGAUGAAGCUUUGAACAUCUUAAUGCAUAUUGUGACUCAUUUAAACACGGCAUCGUUUGUUUGUUUUAUUUAUUUGUUCACAAAAUAUUACAUUAGAUAUCAUACAGUAACAAAAGAUCAAACAGGUGCAGGAGGAGGGAAAAUCAUGUAAAGCUUACACUAAGCCCCCUUCAAUGAAACAAAAUUGAUUAUGAUCAAUAAAUUAUAAAGUAUUGCGGUCGGUCAUGUACGUACAGUCGCAUGAUAUGUGAAUUUUUCAAUGGUCAAUGAUUAAAGUGAUCAUGUUGAUUUGACUAAAUCUA